AUGCCAGUGCAAGUUCCUGAUGCCACUUCUGCUCCAGCUAAGUCAUUUAACGAUGCCUCCGCUACGCUGGCAGACUUCUCAGUAUUUGCAUCUGCGCUGACUGACCCCGUCGACGGUAUUUGCCAACAUCUCUGCAAUCUGCAAUCUAGCAUGCCUGUGCAGGCCCCCGUGUCGGGGAUUGCGAAGGAUAAGUACUCUUAG